AUGAUCGCGAACUCAUCCAUUCUGAAAAAGCACACAUCGACUAAAAGAAUCACGAGAAUAAUAUCCCUGACUCUCGUUUUAGUUGGGAUAGUAAGCUUCCUAGUGCUUACAUGGGAUGAUUCGCUAGAAUUUUAUAAUAACGCCACUGGCCUUAACGAAAGCAACGACAAAAAUGAAGAGGAAAGCGGGAAGAAACUGCAGUACAAAUUGCCGAACCUAUUGGAGAUAGCGGACGGUUUUCUAGACAGUAAGGAGAAUGAACUAAAUUUCUUAAAGGUCAAAGAAGAAAUUUUACAUAUUCAAAGUGAAGUUGAGGUUGAUAUCCCAGCGCCUGCAUCUGAAAAUGAAUUGUCAUUUUCCUCGACAUCGUUCAGAACAGACGAGAUUGUGACCAGCACGGCUACCUCAAAAAUAUCUCCAUCAUCGUCAUCUUCUAUGGCCUCGAAGAAAAACGAUGGUCAAAAAGAAUUUGACCCUAAAGUGAGUUUUCUCGAUAUAAUAAGUACUUCUCCAGCAGUAUUGUUUAUUAAAUCAUCACAGAUGGACUCCAUUUUCCUGAAGAAUCUAUUACAAAGAGAAUUUGAGAUUUCACCUGAACUGGCUACUGUCGACUUAGAGAAGCACUCCCAUGGUUACCAAUUAGAAAAGUACAUCAAGCAAAAUAAGCUAAGCAUCAAUCCUAGUACUGCCUUGGAAUCAAUUCACUCGCCUUACCUGUUUUUGAACGGUGUUUCCGUGAUUAAUAAUGGAAUGGCAAAAGACAUAAUCGAACCCCAUUCAGAGGGAUUACUACUGUCCAUCUUGAAGUCCGAGGCUCGCGGUAAUUUACUCGUAGAAAAAAAAGAUAUCCCUUCUAAUUCGUGA